AUGGAGAAUUUUAUUGAUGAUGAAACUCUAUUGAAAUGUAUUUUACCACUCUCGAGGGAAUAUGAAGACUAUUCAUUGGAUUUAAUUUAUAGGAGGAAUAUUGGACGAGGAGAUGCCAUGCUAUCGUUUAUAUUUAAUUAUAAAACCAUUGCACAGAUUACACAGAGUGCAGAGACAUCAGAGGAGGAAUCCUUGUUGUUUUCAAGUGAAAUGUUUGACAAGCUGUUUCAAAAUAAUGUUUUAAAAGUGAUUGAUUUACAUGAUUUUUGUAAACAUAGUACUCAGAUUGCUGUUCCAUUAAUGUUGCAAUACUCUAGGCAGUGUGAAGAGUUUAUAAAAGUGUGUAAGAAGGCAAAGAAGAAGAUUGUUUCACCAACGUCACUGGUGGAAGGAACUGUAUUUCCAACUUCACCUGUUGUGGAGAAUCCUGAUGUGUUUCUUCUAGGUGAACAACAUUUCAAUUUUAAGAGAUUGAAACAAGGGGUACUGAGCCCACGAUCAGCGCUUCCAGUACUUCAGGACGAAUCUCUGGAAAAGAAACAAGCACUCCUUCAUAAGAGAUAUUAUCAACUUGUCAGUUUACUCAACCUGAUACUGAGCGUUGAUUAUUUGAAAACUUGGCAAUGGUGUAUCAUGAACGACAUGUCAAUGUUUAGAAGAAUAUCAUCAAAGAAUGGUGAAAAACUUGCCAAAAUUCCAAAAAGUGUUAAAAGAAAGGAAGAAGAAGCAUUCUUAUUUUAUAGAGAAUUAUUCUUCAAUACAAGAGAGAUUAAGAAGAUUAAAUCCCUUACAAUCUAUAAGAAGACACUGGAAUUUCUUGUUUUGCAAAUGAUUGAAGGGGAUAAACCAAUAAGGAAUCAUGAAGAAAAGAAGGCAUUCUUAUUGCUUGUAUCAAUUUAUGAUAAGAUUAACGAGGAUCAACCAUCAACAAGUAAGAAGAUACAGAAAAAGAUUAUGGAAUUUUGUUCCAAACAUUUAAUUCAAUCUGAUGAUGGACUUUCUCGGUUUGAAUUAUACGAAUCUACAACAUUUAACACAAAAUUCUUUAUUGAGAAAUGUUGUCCAAUCCUCAAGAAGGAAAUGGAUAAGAAAUAA